CUCUGACCGCCACCACAGCUUCCUCUUCCGAGCACGUCCACCCGCCACACCGCGACGAACCACCGCCGCCCGUCUGAGAGACACCUGCAGACACUCAUAAGCCACAGGACCUCACACCUUGUCUCGGACCACCAUCUACUCGGUCGCAAGACCCUGACUCGAACUUCCAUGUAUUCCGACACCAUACCUGCCUCCGGCAGUCGCAACAUCGCCGCCAACGCGUUUCGCAGCGCAGGCAUCCUCGACCGGGACGAACGCAUGCGUGACGUCUCAGACAAACCAGGCGGCCGCAAAGGUGCCCAGAAGACUUCACACAAGGCGCGAACCUCCCACCGGCCGCGCGCAAUAGACGCGCUCACUGGCAAGGACAAGGCUGCCACUUCGUCUCGUACAGCUAUGCUCGCGUCUCGGCUAGCUUCGGGCGAUUCUUUGGCAAUACGCGGUGCGGCGAAGGGACCAAUGAGCCGUGUUCGCAGGAAUGCCGUUUCGAAUGGCGCCACCGCCGAAAGCUCGGGCAUCGUCGAGAAAUGGAAGGAGUUUGUGAAGAAAAGAUGGAACGCAGAGGCGAAAUUCCUUAACUUGGAGCGUGUGGCGGAAGAUGAAUACGUGCAGAGAAAUCGUAUGUGGGUGCAAGGCAGUGCGGAGAAGGAGUUGUCUGUCAUGUUUAAGCUUGCGUCUGUUCUCUACCCGGAGGUGCAAACGAUAUCCCUGGGAUACAACAACUUCAUCACCGGCAAGGUGCUCUCGCGCCUGUCGCAUUAUCUCCCCAAUCUGGUCAAUUUGUCACUGCAAGGCAACAGACUGGCAACAUGGAGGGACCUGGAUUACAUUUCUGGGAAGAAAGGCCGUUUGACACAGCUGCGAGAGUUGAUCCUCCUGGACAACCCGCUUCGGAAAGCUGAGUUCGAGAAGGAUAACGGGGAGCGGUACAAGAGCGAAGUCGCGCGUCGACUACCUUCGCUUGACAUGCUUGACAUGGAACCCAUCCCCAAGAUUGCCUUCGACGUACCUCAUACUUCCACAUCACACGCCACGCCUACUGGCCCGGCACCAACCACCUUCCCCGUUGAGAUGGGUGAACCAUUCAUAACCGGAGUAGAUGGAGCACUUCUCAGUAAUUUCCUCAUGCGCUUCUUUCCUCUAUUCGACAAUCAGCGCACAGCACUCAUGGACGUCUACCACCCGGCCGCCACCUUCUCGUACUCCGCCAAUACAAGUAUUCCUAUCCGUGCACGAAUAGAAGGCCACCGAUCCUCCAAAGAGAUGCCCCAUCAACGAAAACAGGAAUGGACGCGAUGGGGUAUCGGGAGGGGCCAAGGCUCCCGCAAUCUCAAUCGGUUGGCUGGAGGCUCCGUGGAUAAAAUAGUGAACUCCUUGCAUGUCGGAAAUGAGGAGAUCGUUAAAGCGAUGGCGGAGCUACCCACAACGAAGCAUGAUGUGGCGGGUUCGCCGCAGAAGUUCUGCAUCGACGCUUGGCCGGUACAGCAAGGCGAUUCCCCUCAACUCUUCGUGACCAUACACGGUCAAUUCGAAGAAGAACCAACACAUUGCGUCAUGUCUUUUGACCGCUCUUUCAUUCUUGCCCCUGCGCCCAAUGGUACCAGAGCCAAGCAGAGUGGCUGGGACAUCGUGAUCCUUUCGGAUAUGUUGGUUGUCCGGCAAUAUUCGAGCCACGAAGCAUGGCGGCCGGGGCCAAUGCGUGUUCAAGCGGGUGAUCCCCUUCCCCCCACGCCUACGGGUCUUCCGACCAUGCAAUCACCGGCUUCGCUGCAGGAGAUGUUGGCCGCAAUGCCGGAACCACAGCGAUCUCUCGUGAUGCAGAUAUGUCAACGCACGAGUCUCAACAUCGAAUAUGCUGUGCAGUGCCUCGAGGGAAAUGCAUGGGACGUUGAACGUGCUGUUGCCAAUUUCGAGCAGGUAAAGGGUACACUGUCUCGAGAAGCAUUCCUGUAACUCCUCGCGCGCGCCUCGUGUGUACCGACGCCGACUAUGCUCGGAGCUAUCGCGCCGUUACCGAUCGUCCGAUGCCGACUAGUCCGUCGUCGGUCACUUGGUUCUCGCCAAUGCAUGGACUUGUGAUCCCGGUCAUGGGGAAAUAUUAUGUAGUACGGGUUGGUCGCGUUUAUCAUAUCAGCUAGUCUUUUCCAUCAUAUCACCCACAUCAUCCGAAUGUAUCCUACUGCAGUACACCGCAUCCUCAUCUCGCUUGCACGUACCUCUUGUUAUAGCAGCAUAGGCAUCGUUUCUCCCGUGUAUACAGAUGCAAAACAAGCUCGAACGUCGCAGCAUUGUCGCUC